AUGAAGGCCACUUUCUUCAUCGCUGUUGUCGCUGUUUGCGUUGCUACUGUUUCCGCUGCCGGCGGCCAGGAUGGGGGCAAACGUAUCGAUACUGACCAAAAGCUUGGUGGCAUUGGCAAUGAAGGCCGCGUCAGUGGUCUCGUGAACAACCUUCUCAAAGCUGGCAUUUUGGCUGACGACAGCAAGGACUUUGGUGAUUAUCAGGAUGCCUUCUAA